AGUAGAUCACCGCACUUCACACACUUUGUGAAACUGACGAAUCUGCGACCGAGUCUGCAAGCGACCAGCAACAUCUGGAAUAAAGACAGCAUAUCACCAGUUGCCCCGAUCCCGAGUUAAACUGGAACACCUGUUCGGCUGUGCGGCGCCGCUUCCUCGUGAAAAUGUCUCAAAAUAAAGACGACCUCGCGUCCAGCAACAAGAAGACCAUCUCCCUCCCCAUCUCCAGGGUGAGGCUGAUCAUGAAGAGCUCCCCGGAUGUUUCCAGCAUCAACCAGGACGCUCUCGUCCUCACCACCAAGGCCACAGAGCUGUUUGUGCAGCAUCUGGCUGUCUCAUCGUUCAACAACCGAUCCGGGAAGGAAACCAACUCGUUGUCCUACAGCGACCUGGCUAACACCGCGGAGGAGACCGAGACUUUACACUUCCUCACAGAUAUCCUGCCUAAGAAGAUCUUGGCUCGAGAUUACCUCACAUCUUUGGAGCAAUUUCAAGAAGAGGAUGCUGACUUUUAAACCAAGUACACUGGAUGCAGUUCACGUCCAGAUGGAUCAGAUGUACAAGUGCUGCCUCUCACUGAAGUGACGGGCAGGAGAGACACCCUGAACUUUCUCACUGCUUUUUAAAUGCAUUGACAGAGUUCAGUUGUCGGGCUUUGUGAAAAGUUAGUAGACGUGGAUCUGAAAGUAAAGCCACACAGGGCUGAACACAAAAAACACAGAGUCAUAGAGGAAACUAGAAGCUGUACUGUAUAUCUAUGAGUAAAAAAUGGAUGGCAGCAAGGUGAAUUUGUAUAACUGCCCCGAACAAGGCAGCCUUAGAUGAGUCUUAAUGCAACCACCCCUUAACUUUUCUGCAGAGCUGAUUACCUCUAUAGAGAGAACUGUUAAAAGUACUGCUAAUGCAGAAGUACUGGUAAUGCUCAUUAGUGAUGAACGGUAGAUCUGGAGCAAGAAGUGAUUUUGCAUGUGGCCUGUAAUCCGAGACAUAUUUUUAUGAGGAAGGGUGAAUAGUUCCCCCCCCCUUCACGGAACAUACCAAGAGUUAAUUCCACAUAAUUGUCUCAGCAGAGUUUUCAUUGCCUCUAAAAUAAUACAAUAUAAACACGUUAUUUUCGAGAGGCUGUCGAACACUGGCUUCCAAGUGAAAUGUACUGAUGUGAACAUUAUGCAUGAUACUAUCAUUUUAAAUAUAUAUAUUUUCCUAACGCUAACCCUUGAGUUGUGAUUCCAAUGAUCGUAAAUCCCUCUAUUUUGUAGCGUCACUACAGAACCGCUGAACAUGCUGCGUCUUUCCAAAUGAAAAUUCACCCUCAGCCUCACAGGUGGUGUGUGACAGGCAUUUCCUCCUUUACAAAAGUGUUGUUUAGAUUUGAUAAUAAAAUAAAGCAAGUUGAAUAAGUCUUA